CAUCAAUCUCCCCCUGCAGCCUCGCUAUAUUAACUCCAGUCUCCUCCCACGAAGUUGCUAAACCUAGUCCUCUUUAAAACAUCUCCACACAUACAUCCCCCCCUUAUCUCUUGACCCAACGGCAUGAACUAGACGAGACCCCUCGCGCUUCUGUGCCACCUCGGUCCGCUCAUAUUCUUUAAGGAAGAAGAACCCGAAACCCAAGCCCCGGCUUUCAACCAUGGCAGCGCCAACAUCAGGCUCAGGCCGGGUCCUCAUCGUAGGGGCGACCGGUUUCAUUGGCCGUUUCAUCACGGAAGCGAGCAUCGCUGAGGGCCGGCCGACAUACAUCCUCGUCAGGCCCCGCUCGAGCAGCUCCUCCAAGGCGAACACCGCCGAGACUCUGGAAAAGAAAGGCGCGAUAGUCAUACAUGGUUUGAUGAAUGACAGGAGUCUCAUGGAAGCAAUACUCAAGGAGCAUGAGAUAGAGAUCGUGAUCUCGGCUGCUGGUGGCGCGGACAUUUUGGAUCAACUCACUUUGGUGGAGGCCAUCAAAUCUGUCGGUACCGUUAAGAGAUUCUUGCCGUCAGAGUUUGGGCACGACGUGGACAGGGCCGAACCGGUGGAGCCGGGUCUCACCAUGUACAAGGAGAAGCGCAAGGUCAGACGGUUGAUAGAAGAGCAUGAUCUGCCCUACACCUACAUCUGUUGCAACUCCAUCGCCUCUUGGCCCUACUACGACAAUAGACACCCCGCUGAGGUCCUCCCACCAUUGGACCAGUUCCAAAUCUACGGAGACGGGAACGUCAAAGCUUAUUUUAUUGCUGGGACUGACAUCGGGAAGUUCACCAUGAUGACGGCGGAUGAUGACCGGACUCUGAACAAGUCAGUGCAUUUCCGGCCGCCUCGCAACAAAUACAACAUGAACGAGCUCGCGGCCUUGUGGGAAACGAAGCUCGGAUGCACCCUCCCUCGUGUCAUCAUCACCGAAGACGACCUCCUAUCUGCUGCCGCAGAGAAUUGCAUCCCGCAGAGCAUCGUUGCCUCGUUCACUCACGACAUCUUCAUAAAAGGCUGUCAAGUUAACUUCUCGGUCGACGGCCCCAACGAAGUCGAAGUGUGCAGUCUCUACCCGGAAGAACCCUUCCGCACCGUCGACGAGUGCUUCACUGAAUUCGCCGCCAAAUUGGGCAAGAAGGUCAAUCCCAAAGGAGAGGUCGCCGCGCAGAACCCCGUGAUGGAAUCCAUUGCGAUCGCAGCAACGUGUUCGUAAACAGUGUUUUCGCAUCGCAAGCAUCUUUGCGAUUUCCAAUUUAGGUGGAACAAAAAUUGCAAUUGAUCUCGUCCAGCGUCCCGUAAAGGAAGCGUCUAAUAAGUCCUGUCUGCAGCUUUGGAUGAUUCGUGUGGUCCGUAUUUGUUGGAAUCCUAUGCUCCGAGCUAAGAGUGCAACAGCUUAGAAAUGGAGUCCAUUUUUAAAUCUUGUCGAUUCGAA